CGUGAUCAAAUCCGUUGGCGCAAGAAAUUUCGUCGAAAAGCUUCCAGUAGCAGCUGCUGGCGGCGCCACGGGCGUAUAACAGUUUGUAUGCCAGUCAUUGGAAGUUUUCGGCACCAAAACAACAUCGCGAAAAAAGUGAUUUUUCCGCAGUUUCCGCUCGAAAAUCGUCCCUUUGCUGUGUGUUUUAUGUUAAAAUGGCCAUAUUCGAUGCAUUCCACUCGUGCAUGUGGUUCGAGGCCACCAGCCGACGCAAUGCCUUCGCCGCGAUAGUGUCCGGACUCUUCUUCUUUAUCGGCUGGUGGCUCAUCAUCGAUGCCUCCACGGAGAGCGGCGGCGGUCUGGAUGGGGCGCACCACAUCUGUGGCAUCCUCGGGAGCAUCAGCUUCUUCAUGGUGAACGCCGUCUCGAACUCAAUGAUUUCAGAAUCGUACAGCGGCGGCAGACUGAGUCAGCGCGGCGCCCGGAUCUGGCUCUUCGUGGGCUUCGUGCUCGGGUUCGCGGCAAUAAUUGCGGCUGUGUGGAUCAUGAUCGCGGAAUUCUCACUCCCGGAGGAAAAGGGCAAGUGGCCAGGCGUGGCACUGCUGCUGCAGAACCUCUUCAUCUUCCUGGGAUCCCUUGUGUAUAAGUUCGGCCGGUCCGAGGCUGACACGGAAUUUGGCUUCUAGGCA